CAGCAGUCACACGAAGACAGCAAGCUAAACACUCGUACUCUGUCGUCUCCUUCCCGAGCCCACAAACCCUUUUGCCAAUGGCACAUCCUGCUAGUGCUAGCAAUGCCCGCCUGACCACCACCAUCCUCUUCAUGUCGCUUCUGCUGGUCUUGGCUACUGCUUCACUGGGAUGCCCGUGCCCAUGCUCAUACACCUGUGAGAACGAGCUGAACUGGCGCGUGUAUCUGAAGCAAGUUGUCGGUACUGGACCAAGUCACAACCAGGAGGUAAUUUUCAGACCUCAGCACGCUAAUCCGUUCGGCCAGACCGUCGUUCAGGACUGGACGUUGGUAGACGCGCCUGCUCAAGGCGCAAAGGUGGUGGGACACGCGCAAGGCGUGCAUGUCUUGUCUGAUCUAGCCAACGUGGGCUGGUUCGUCUCCCUCAACCUCAACAUGGUGUUCCAAGGUGACAGGUUCAGCGGAUCCACGCUCCCGGUGAUGGGAGUUCUUCCACCGGAGGGGGAGUGGGCUGUCGUGGGAGGGACAGGAGAGCUGGCUCUGGCACGCGGCACGAUCAAGCACAGAAUAGCUGGAAGCGCACCCGAGACCAACUUCCGGCAGCUGGAUAUCCACGCCUUCUACGCGAACGGCUCAGCCAGCUGCGUCGUAGGUUCUGCUGCAGUGAUAGCCGAGAAGGGGUCUGCUCACGCCAAGUGAUGCCAUGCGAAACAGUUGCAUGCAUCCUGUCUCAAGUGCAAACCUACAGGAAAGAAGAAGAAAAAAAAAACAUAAAUAAUCAGUUGGACGGAUGCAAAUGAAGUGAAUCAAGUGAUGGUGCUGCCCUUCAUGUCAUGAGAAGUAGGCAGAGGAGGCACCGUUUGUGUGUGUGUGUGUGUUUCCUUACAAAUAAAUAAGACAUGGGUCUCUGGAUGGAAGUCAUGAAACUACCAAUCCAGCGUCCAUCUAUCAUGCAUGCACACGGUUCGCUGUGGUCGUUGCUGUACGCAACUACUGUUGUCGUUGUAAUGUUUGUUGUGUAAUAUUUUCAGGAAAAAAAAGCAGUUAAGUUUGCUUGAGAAAA